AUGUCAUUGAGCAAUGACUGCUAUAAGCUACAACGUUUUUACAGCGCUCUUUCCUCUUUCUGGCAGGAGUUCCCCGCGAUCGCUAACACACUCUUGACCGCCUUCCAAGUUGGGCAGGCCCCCCCACCUUCCCUCUGGUGGUGGGAUCUGAGCCCUAGCUGCCUUGUCCCGGACUUUACGAGAACUGUGAGAUGGACAAAAACGGACGUCUACUUUGCGAUUUCUGAGUCAGGCAAAAAAAUUCUCGCCAGAUCUCGCAGACCCGCACGACGACCACGACCUGCAUCUCGCGGAGCAGGACACUUUCACCCGGGUGGAACUUCUGGCCAGACGGACCUGUUGGAGCUGGUAGCUGCUGGAAGCCAUGCCAGCAGCGCAGCCACAGUGCAGCUGAACAUGACUGACUCUACAACCACGGUCACCAACGGCGCCGUUGCCGUCGGCCUCGACCCUCUCUCGACGCGCGUGGCCCUGUUGACCUCGUCCAAGACUUCGCGCAUUGCCCAGCUGCGGACCAUCGACGACAAGAUUGUCCACGGAAAUAUCGAUCCGACCGGCAUUGCCAAGCUUCUGCCCAUUCUCUUCUGGACCCAUGGCUCUUACGAGGACCGCGCCUCGCGACGGGCUGUUCAGCGCUGCCUGGCCUCCAUCUGCGACAAGAAGGACGCUGCCCUGCUGACGCCUCUGGUGGCUGCCAUCCGUGCAGAUGCCCUCAAGACAAACACCGCUGUCGGUGGCACCUUUGUGCUCACCGAAUGGUGCAGUCUCCUGAUGCAGCACCUGGCCGGUACUUCCCUAUGGGACUCUUUCAGCAAGGACAUCCUCCAGAGCCAGGCCGGCGCCCUGGAAAAGUGCACCCGCUCAUCGGUCCGGCCAAGCGUCGCCCAUUCGGCUCUUGUUAUAGCCCGCCGCGGAUUCAGGAAGCUCAUCGCCCUUGACGGCACCCGCGAACAGAACAUCAAGGAGGCUGUUCAGCUGCUGGCCGCCAAGGGCCCCCACCCAACCGCUUUGAAAGCAGUCUUCCUCGGCGUCAUCGCCGGCGUCAGCUCUCGCAACGCCAAGGCUAAGCCCAUCUUCGCCGGCCUCAAGUCGCAAUACUUUGAAUUCUACACCCGUGAGAUCACCGGGUCCAAGGUGCCCCUGGCCAGCAACGUCGCCGACGGCCUGCACGACUUCUUCGCCGCCUUUGUUGCGGCCGAGGACCUCCAGACCGUUGUCGUGCCCGCUUUGAAAAAGGGCCUCCUGCGUGCGCCGGAGAUUCUGCUCGACGACCUUAUCACGCCUCUGGUGAAGGCGCUGCCCCAGAGCUACGAUCUCUCCAAGAUCCUGGACGAACAGUUAUCCAAGCCGCUGCUCUCCAACGUCAAGUCAAGCAAGGAAUCCGUGCGCAACGGGUCCCUGACAGCCUUCCGGGCCAUUUCUACCCGGUGCACAAACUUGAUCGCAGUGGGUCACGUGGUGGAUGAGGCCCUCGUCCCUCUCCAGACCGGCAAGCUGUCGUCGCCGGAGCACAGAGCUCUGCAUUCCCAGAUUCUCGAGGUCUUGCCCAAGUCGGACGCCACGACGGCCAAGGUGGCCGUUGGCAUUGCCACGGCAGCAUCCAAGGAGGGAAACGAGGCUGCCUUGGUGGCGGAGACGUCUAGCCUGACGCAGAGCACUAUCACGCUUUUGAAAGGCACGGCUGACCUGGCAAAAACCGUGAUCGACGCCUAUGUGAAGGGCAUGUCCGACAAAAAGCCACCAGUCCGUCGCAUCUGGAUCAUGGCUGCCGGAGAGGCUCUGUACACAUUUCACACUUGGCAGGAUUCUCUGCCGGCCAAUGCUAGCAAGUUUGCCGAAGCCGUCUUACCACCACUGCUCGAAAUUUACACAGAGGUGCUCACCAAUCCCGCAACGGCUUCCCAGAGCGGACUCGUCAUCGGCGGCUUUGUGACCUGCGGCAUUGCUUCACUUCUCGAAAGCCCGUCGACGCCAGCACUAACGGCCUUGUCGAAGAAAUUUUCCGUCAAAAAGCAAUGUCUGACACUUGGACCCAAACCAUCGUUUCUCCUGAGUCCCAGGAUAUACACCAAACUGACUUCUGAUGGCGACAUCCAGUGGUUGUACCGAGCGCUUCUGGCUGUGUUCGUCGCUUUAGAAGAAAACAAAGAGUCUGCCACAAAUGUAGCGUGGGCAGAAGCAUACAUCUACGCGGCCACUUCUACAAACGGCGGCCCACUUCUGCGCAAAGAGGCCACCAGCGCACUCACCGACCUCUACUUCCGCCACCAAGCUCGCGUUUCCGAGAUUGCCAUCGCUGGAGCGUGGCAUUGGCUCGAAGCCCUGGACGCAAACGACAAAGAGAGUGCUCCUGUUCUUUCCAAGGCGCAGAAUGAGCAGCUGCUUCCGUUUAUCAGCGCCAUAUGUCGCAAAUCAAAGGACUUUGUCAGAGUUGUCGGCAAGGAGCCGGAAAAGAGCCAGCUCGAGCUGCAAAUGUGCUCCCUUGUCGUCCUGGCUCGCUCGGUUUUGAUUCCUUCGUGUAGCUGGAUCGAGCUCUGUCUGCGUGUCGAGGUGGACCCAGGCAGCCUGGCAGAGCAUCACGAGGAGCUACUUCUCCAAGAGAUUGCGGCAAGAACGGUCUUGACGCAAAAGUCUGAGCCAAUUAAGUCGGCAGCUUACGAGGCUGCGGCCGAACUGGUCUUUGUUGCUCCGGACAAGAUGGCACCUCGCAUUGUCGAGCUGAUUCGCCAAGACUUGGAUGCCAAGGACCUGCACUCCAUCGGUCCAGUCGAAGCUGCCAUUUUCCGGGCGCCCGAGGGAACGACCUUUAUCGAUGUCCUGGCCAAGAAGCAGAGCAGCCUCCCGAGCAAGAACAGCAAGGACUACGACGUGCUCAAGUGGGAGGAAGAGCUCCGCACCCAGCUUGCCCAGAAGAAGGGCCAGCAGAAGAAGCUGACAGCCGAGGAGACGGCAAAGGUUAACGCGCAGCUGAAGAAGGAAGCGGAGAUUCGCAGACAGGUCAGCCUGCUCGAGGCACGUCUCCUCCGCGGCCUUGGCGUUAUCCGGAGCCUUGCCCAAGGCCCACCGACUGAUGCGACGUUGUGGAUGGGUCCGUCGGUCCGGGCGCUCAUGGCGGCCAUCGAAGCAGGUGCUUGUCUGAUCACGGGCGACGUGGCCCCCCUGGCCUUUAUUGCCCUGGCGGAACGAGUAUCUUCACGGCUGGGUUCGCUGCGUACUUUUAUCGGAGUGGCGACUCUGCGCGCCCACGGCAUCACAUCUCUGCCGGAUGUCCUGCAGGAAGAGCCGCUUCCGGACCUCGUUACGCGAGUACUGUACCGACUUCGUGGCGCGGGAGAGCAGCGGCCGUUUGACGCGGUCUCCCUGAUCUACAUGGUCCCCCUGCUGCUUCUGAUUCUUCAGAACGGCGGAUUUUCCGAGGCUGCCGAUGAGCGUGACACCCAGCUAGUUCUGUCUGUCGAGAUCCUCUCUUUCCACACUGAUGUCUGCUCGGACGAGGCUGUCCCCCGUGCCGAACUGCUGGCCAUCCUGACCUCGGCCAUGCAAAAGUACAGCCAACACUACAAGAUCAUCAAGGACUGCUUUUCGGACCUGGUUCGGUGUGUUGCUCCCAACAUCAGCGAAGAGGAGGUUGGUGUUCUGGUACAAGGAGCGAUUGUGCCACAGGGCACUGUCCGGUCAACGGUGCUUCAGUCGGUUAAUGCCGAGGUGGACAUGAGCGAUCUCCCACCGUCAGAAGAAAUCUGGCUAGCCUGCCACGACGACAUUGAGGAGAACGUCGAUCUCGGUCGUGAGAUCUGGGAGGAGAGCGGAUUCAAGGUGACGGAAGAGCUGCCGGUCAAAACACUGCCUUACCUGGAAAGCAAAGAUAGCCAGCUGCGACGGGCGGCAGCACGGUCUCUGGCCGAGGCCAUCUCGGUGCUCCACUCACCAAGAACGUUUGACAGCAUUGCCGAAAAGUUGCGGGCUUCGUACAUUGAGUCUGCCAAGCCGCGGGUGGCUCAGCUGGACGAGUUCGGCAUGCCGAGGAAGAUGGAUCUGUCCGACCCUUGGGAAGCACGACAUGGUAUUGCGACGGCCUUCAAAGAGCUUGCUCCCAACCUGGACAAUGAGCAGGUAGAGCCUUUCCUGCACUUUUUGAUCGAGCAAGGUCCUCUCGGCGACCAAAACGGUACGGUUCGGGGGGAGAUGCUGGAUGCAGCGAUCAAGGCGAUCGAGGUGCACGGAAAGCCGAUCCUGGCCAAGCUGAUGCAGACGUUUGAGACGACGCUUGCGGCACCAGACAAGAACUCGGAAGCGGCAGACCGGGUGAACGAGGCGGUGAUCAUCAUGUACGGCGCCCUUGCUCGGCAUCUGAAGCCCGGGGAUGCCAAGAUUCCGGUGGUGAUCGAGAGACUGCUGGCGACGUUGAGCACGCCGUCCGAGACGGUUCAGUACGCCAUUGCCGAGUGUCUUCCUCCGCUGGUGCGGACGUGUGGCGACAAGUCGUCCAAGUACUUCAACCAGAUCACGGAGACGCUGAUGACGGCGAAAAACUAUGCGGUGCAGCGAGGUGCGGCAUACGGCCUCGCGGGCCUGACGCAGGGCCGUGGCAUCGCAGUCCUGAAAGAGUACCGGAUUCUGACGACACUGCGGACGGCGAUGGAAAACAAAAAAGAGGCGAACCAGCGAGAAUCAGCACUGCUGGCAUACGAGCUGCUCUCGACCAUUCUGGGGCGGCUGUUUGAGCCAUACGUGAUCCAGAUCGUGCCACAGCUGCUGGUGGGAUUUGGCGACGGCAAUCUCAACGUGCGAGACGCGUCUCUGGCAGCGGCCAAGGCGUGUUUCGCCAGGCUCAGCUCGUUUGGCGUCAAGAAGAUUCUGCCGACACUCCUAGACGGCCUGGACGACCCGCAGUGGCGAAGCAAGAAGGGCGCGUGUGACCUGCUGGGCGCGAUGGCGUACCUAGACCCGCAGCAGUUGGCUGAGAGCCUGCCAGAUAUCAUCCCGCCGCUGACAGCAGUGCUGAACGACAGCCACAAGGAGGUGCGGGCGGCGGCAAACAAGAGCUUGAAGCGAUUCGGAGAGGUGAUUAGUAAUCCGGAAGUACGGAGUCUCGUGGACAUUUUGCUCAAGGCGCUCAGCGACGCGACCAAAUACACGGACGACGCACUCGACGCGCUGAUCAAGGUGCAGUUUGUGCACUACCUGGACGCGCCGUCGCUGGCGCUGAUCAGCCGGAUUCUGCAGCGCGGCCUGGGCGACCGGUCGAACACGAAGCGGAAGGCAGCGCAGGUAAUUGGCAGCCUGGCCCAUCUGACGGAGAAGAAGGACCUAGUGGCCCACCUGCCAGUUCUCGUGGCCGGACUCAAAAUAGCGGUGGUGGACCCGGUGCCGACAACACGGGCAACGGCCUCGCGGGCUCUCGGGUCGCUGGUGGAGAAGCUGGGCGAGGAUGCGCUGCCAGAUUUGAUCCCCGGGCUGAUGCAGACGCUGAAGUCGGACACGGGCGCAGGCGACCGACUAGGAUCGGCACAGGCGCUCAGCGAGGUGCUCGCAGGACUGGGCACGACGCGGCUGGAGGAGACGCUGCCGACAAUCCUGCAGAACGUCGAGUCGUCGAAACCGUCGGUACGGGAGGGCUUCAUGUCGCUAUUCAUCUUCCUGCCGGUGUGUUUUGGAAACAGCUUCUCGGCCUACCUGGGCAAGAUCAUCCCACCGAUCCUGGCCGGUCUGGCAGACGACGUGGACUCGAUCCGCGAGACGGCACUACGGGCAGGCCGACUGCUGGUGCGCAACUUUGCGUCGCGGGCGGUGGACCUGCUGCUGCCGGAGCUGGAGCGCGGGCUGGCAGACAACAGCUGGCGGAUUCGGCUCAGCUCGGUGGAGCUGGUGGGCGACCUGCUGUUCAACCUGUCGGGCAUCACGGCCAAGCAGGACGGGGACGAGGACGAGGAAGUGGAAGAGGAGGCGGCACGCGAGGCGGGAUCGACGCUGCGCGAGGUGCUCGGAGUGGAAAAGCGCGACAAGAUCCUGUCGGCGCUGUAUGUGUGUCGCUGCGACACGGCGGUGGCAGUGCGGACGGCAGCGAUGGGAGUAUGGAAGGCAUUGGUGCCGAGUCCGAGGAUCCUGAAGGAACUAGUGCCGACGCUGACUCAGCUGAUAAUUCGCCGUCUCGGCAGCGCCAACAUGGAGCACAAGGUGAUUGCGAGCAACGCGCUGGGCGAGCUGAUCCGUCGGGCGGGCGACAACAUCCUAUUGACGCUGCUGCCGACACUGGCAGAGGGAUUGCGGACGUCGUCGGCGGACUCGGACGCGAAGCAGGGCAUCUGCAUUGCGCUCAAGGAACUGAUCUCGUCGGCGAACGAGGAUGCGCUGGAAGAGCACGAGGCGAUGCUGCUGGCAAUUGUGCAGUCAGCACUAACAGACGCCGACGACGAGGUGCGCGAAGCAGCAGCCGAGGCAUUCGAUUCGCUGCAGCAGAUCAUGGGCAAGCGGGCUGUCGAUCAGGUGCUGCCGAGUCUGCUGCGGCUGCUGCAGGACGACGGCGAGACGGCACAGAACGCUCUCUCGGCACUGCUGACGCUGCUGACGGACAGCACGCGGAGCAACAUGAUUCUGCCAAACCUGAUCCCGACACUGAUCCGGCCGCCAAUCUCGGCUUUCAACGCCAAGGCGCUGGCAUCGCUGUCAACUGUCGCCGGAGCCGCGAUGAACCGACGGCUGCCACACAUUCUGAACUCGCUGAUGGACAACGUGAUCGAGACAACGGACGAGCAGCUGCGGGCCGACCUGGAGACGUCGUUCGACACGGUCGUGCAGUCGAUGGACGAGCACGACGGACUCAACACGGUGAUGAACGUGCUGCUGCAACUGCUGCGUCACGAAGACCACCACAAGCGCGAGGCCGUGGCCCGGCGACUGGCCGUGUUCUUCGCGAAGGCCCACGUGGACUACUCGCGCUACAACCAAGACCUGAUCCGGGCGCUGCUCAUCUCGUUCGACGACCGAGACCAAGACGUGGUCCGGUCAGCUUGGGGUGCGCUAUCGGAGCUGACUAAGCGACUAAAGAAGGAAGAGAUGGAAGCACUGGUCGGGUCGACACGACAGACGCUGCAGCAAGUGGGCGUGGCAGGCGUCAAUCUGGCGGGUUUCGAGCUGCCCAAGGGCAUCAACGCGGUGCUGCCGAUCUUCUUGCAGGGGCUAAUGAACGGGACGGCGGAGCAGCGGACGACGGCAGCACUGGCGAUUGCAGACGUGGUGGACCGGACGAGCGAAGCGUCGCUGCGGCCGUUUGUGACGCAGAUGACAGGACCGCUGAUCCGGGUGGUGACGGAGCGGUCGACGGAGGUCAAGUGUGCGAUCCUGCUGACGCUCAACAAUCUGCUGGCCAAGAUGCCGGCGGCGCUGAAGCCAUUUUUGCCGCAGCUGCAGCGGACGUUUACCAAGUCGCUGGCCGAUCCGACGAGCGAGCUGCUGCGGUCACGUGCGGCUCGCGCGCUGGGCACGCUGAUCCGGUUUACGCCGCGCGUCGACCCGCUGAUCGCCGAGCUCGUCGCCGGCUCCCGCACGGCCGAUCCGGGCGUCCGCAACGCCAUGUUGACGGCCCUGUUCGAGGUCAUCAGCAAGGCUGGCGCCAGCAUGGGCGAGCCGUCGCGGACGGCCAUCCUGGCCCUGAUCGACAGCGAGCCCGACGGCCACGACGACAACAUGGCCAUCACCAACGCCAAGCUGCUCGGCGCCCUCGUCAAGAACGUCCCGGCCGAGGCCGCCACCAACCUGCUCAGGAACCGCGUCGUGCCACCCAGCCCGACCGGCGCUUCCGCUCUCGCCCUCAACGCUGUCCUGCUGGAGUCGCCUGAGCACCUGCUCGACAGCGCAGCGGCCGAAGACCUGCCGGGGGUGCUCUGCCAAGGGAUGACGAACAAGAAUCUCUUCAUUGCCGACAACUUCAUCCUUGCCACCGGCAAAUACCUCCUCGGCGACCGGCCAAAGUCCUACGAGGACACCAAGGACAUCUUCGAGACCCUGGCCACCAUCAUUCCGCCCGGCGGUCCGGCCAACUCGCGUCGCCUGGCCCUCGUGCUGGUGCGCACGCUAACCCGCGUGCACCCCGACGCCGUGCGGCCUCAUCUGGCCCUGCUGGCACCGCCCAUCUUCGCCUCCGUGCGUGACAUGGUCAUCCCCGUCAAGCUGUCGGCCGAGGCCGCCUUCAUGGGCCUGUUCGACGUGCUCAACGAAGAGGCCAAGGUGUUUGACAAGUACAUGAGCGGCCCGGCUGCGGCCGAGCUACCACCCAACACCAAGCGCGUCAUGGGCGACUACUUCAAGCGCGUCACCCUGCGUCUGGCCGCCCAGGGCCGCGAGAGACGCGACGCCGAGGGCGGUGCCGGCGGGCUCGGCCUCUUUGACGACGAGGUCGAGGACGAGCGCGAGAUCUGGAGCGUCGGCAAGGUGGACAUUGUGGCAGACGUCUUUGGAAAGGAAUAG